AUGUCGGACGCUCAGCUCUUUGAAGACACUUUCACAAUCACCUCGAUAAACUCGCAGAAAUAUGAUCGCGUUUCUCGUAUCAGCUGUACAUCAACAGACAACUUGACCACAUUCACACUUGAUGUGAACACGGAACUGUACCCUUGCGCAGUCGGCGAAUCGCUCUCCAUGGCUCUAGCCUCGACCCUGUCUCUGGACGGAAAGGAUGAAGAUGCCAGCGCGGGUCGAGGUGGUUGGAGAGAUGUUGGUAUGGGCGAGCAUACUCUUGCCAAUGAGUAUGACUAUGUCUGCCAUGGAAAAGUCUAUCGAUUCGAGGAAGGUUCUACUCAGGGAAAUAUGUCCGUCUUUGUCUCCUUCGGUGGUCUUUUGCUGUACAUGGAUGGCCCAUACAACAAGCUUGUCCCCUUGAGGAUCGACUACGUUUAUCUGUUGAUCAAGAAAUAG